AUGUCCCAAGGACAAGGCCGCCACAUCGGCACACUCAUCGUCGUCAUCUUGAAAGCGAGAAACCUACCAAACAAGCGACACAUAGGAAAACAAGACCCUUACUGCCAAGUCGUCUUCAAUGGCGAGAAGCGGCGCACCAAGGCCAUCAAGCGCGGUGGCCAGCACCCCGAGUGGGACGAGGAAAUCCGGUUCGAGUUGUACGAGGAUACGGGCGAUGAUCUGCCCCAAGUCCCCGGUGCUGAGCCACCUCCACCACCACCCAAGAGCAAUGGCAAGGGGCCUCCAAAAGUGAAGGGCGGGAAUUUCAUGGCGCUGGCUUGCUACGCAGACGAUGUUCGAGAGCCGGAUUUGAUUGGGGAGACCAAGGUUGAUCUGACAGAGGUGCUAACGAAGGGAGAGACCGAUGAAUGGUUCACGGUCAUGUACAAGGACAAGUAUUGUGGGGAAGUGUACCUCGAAUUGACAUUCUGGCUGGACGAACCCCCUCCAGUCAAGAAGGCCAACACGAAACCAACGAAUGGGCAGUACGGCGGCCGCGGGACAUUCGUGCCUCUAGGCGAAUCAGCGUCGUCAUCUCUCACCGACUUGUCAAGAUACGGCUCUACCAACAGUCGAGAUGAAAUUCGCCGCGAGAACCUGCCGCCCUCGUUGCGAACCUCGAACUCGAGGCUGGACAUCUAUGUAGCCCCUUACGAAACAACGCGCUCACACAGCUCCUCUGUAGAUGGGAUCGCGAGCGAAUUUGCUGAGUUGAGCGUAAAUCAUGGGAAUAGGAGACUAAGUAUGCCGGUGCACCCUACUGGCGGUAGCUACCUUCCGCGAGCAGCCUCUGCAACACCUCCAGAGUCUGCCUAUUCUAGUCAGUCGUCACACAGUCUCCAUCAAUCGACCUAUUCGGACGGUAGCCAAACCUACGCUUUCAAUUCAAGUCCUGGACGACCUCAGCCCUACCAUCACGAUUCAGCUCCACUGCCAGAUCCGUAUCAACCUGCGUAUGAACAAGCUGCGACUCCCGCACCUUCCGCUUUUCAACACGGCCAUAGACCUCGAUACAGCUUACCUCCCCAGUCGUCCGGAUUCAUGCCACUGCCCCAACCAUCCGGCUUCGUUCCCUUGAAUUCCAGCCAGCCGGCGCCGUCUGGUUUUCUGCCUCCUCCCUCCGUGACACCGACUCCCACUGGGCAUGGCGCAGUCGGUCCGGGAAGGGUGCCUUCGUCCAGCUUCUCUACUCUGCCGCCUGCGCAGUCUGGGUUCGCUCAAGGUCCCCCGCCUUCGUCGUCAUAUCCGUCUGUCUCGCAACCAUCAUCUCUCUAUUACCCUCCGUCUCAGCAGAAUCCGCCGCCUUCAUCCACUCCAUAUCCUCAAAGUCAGUACUCCUUACCUCCAUCGUCCUCGUUCCCUCAACAUCAGACACCUCCCACUUCAUCGUACUCUGCCUCCACCCCGCCGGCUUCCUCAUUCCCUCAUUCUGCCUCUACCCCGCCUGCAUCGUCGUUCUCGCACAACCCUCUUCCUAGUUCGUCCUACCCUCAGCUGCCGCCUCCGCCUCCACCUGCGUCUGCCCCUGCUAGUCAGCAGCAGCAGCAGCAUCAGCAGGCCUAUUCCCUAUCUCCCUCGACACCAGGGCAGUCCCACCACCCGUACUCGGCGACCUCAGAACAAUCACCUCACGGAUAUGGACACCAUUCACCGUCGUUCGACAACAUUCCCCCGCCUCCUCCCUUGUCCGAUAGCCCAUCCGGAGGUCACACAGGCUCGAGACCAUUGCCACAACCUCAGUCUCAGUCCAGGCAGUCGCCUCAACCCCAGCAUGCGAGAAGACAGUCGUCGUUGCCUGUCCCACCCGGGCCUCCUCCACAAGGUUACUAUAACGGCACGCAGAACGGACCGCCGUCCUUCCCUUCAGCAACUCCUUACCAGUCCAUACCGCCUCCCCCGCCGUUGCCGGGGCAGGUCCCUCCUCCGCCUCCUCCCCAGUCAUCGUUCUCGCACGGGCAACAGCUGGCGCUCUCCGGCCCUGCACCUCAAUUGUCUUCGUCUAUGUCGCUGCCACAGCAGCCGUCCACCCAGGCUCCGCCGAAGAGGCGACCGAGCCUUCCGGCACCUCCUGUAACAUACCAGCAGCAGCAGUCGAUGUUCCAAUCUCUUCCCCCGCCUCCACCGCCUCCGAGCAUGCCUUCGCACAUGCAGUAUGAGCCGCCAACGAGCAGCUUUGGUCCUCCUGGCCAAAACCAGGGCUAUUACCCGCCAGGCCCACCGCCGAGGCCUCCGCAAUACCUCCCUGGCCCGCCCCAGCCUACCCAGGGCGGGUGGUCGUCGCCGGUUUCCCAGCCAGACUACGGUUAUGGACAAUGA